UACACGUUCUGUCAGCAUUGACGAAGUUCUGAUGUUAAAAUUUUGAUAAUCGUUAUAAAAGCAACAUUGUGUGUUGUUAGGAUACACAAAAAUGGCAAAGAAUGAACAAGUAUUGAUCUUAGAACCUUCUGGUGAACUUCGUUUUAAAGGUCCUUUUAAAGAAGUUGUAACAGCGGAACUAAAACUGUCAAACCCGUCGGAGAAGAGGGUAUGUUUCAAGGUAAAGACCACUGCCCCGAAGAGGUACUGUGUUCGACCAAACAGCGGCAUCAUCGAGCCCGGGGAUAAAACAGUCGUUUCAGUGAUGCUGCAACCGUUUGAGUAUGACCCAAAUGAAAAGAACCGACACAAAUUCAUGGUUCAGACAUUGUUUGCACCUGAUGGGAAAGUGGAUGCUUUAGAGAAUUUGUGGAAGGAUGUUCCUCCAGAGAAUUUGAUGGAUUCCAAACUAAAAUGUUUUUUUGACAUGCCUGAUUUACAGCAAACACAUGAAAAAGAAACCCAUGAAGACACUAGAGGAGGACCAGUUUCUGGAUCUUCACCAAAGAUUUCAUCUUCAAGCGACCCUGAUACGAAAAAGAUUCUAGAUGAAUAUCACAAACUUCAGAGUGAGGUUUCUCAGCUAAAACAAGAAAACGCCCAGUUAAAGGAGGAUGGCGUUCGUCUGCGGAAGGUGGCCAUGUCUGACACCAUCUCUUCCACACCUUCAGUGUCGUCAUCACAGCCAUUACAAACUGCAAAUGCAAUUCCCCCUGUUGUUUAUAUUGUAGCAGCUGUAAUUCUAGGCUUGAUUAUUGGCAAAUUAUUUCUAUAGUUGACACCCCUUUUUUAAAACCCACUAUUGUUUCAAGGGAGGUAAUCUACUCUUAAGUGUGGUCCAGUGUGCAAGAAAGCAAACCGUAGGUUGUUAUUGGAGCAGGGAAAUGUAAUUAAAGGUGUAUAUCACA